CUCUGAGUGGAGUGACACUCUGACAUUUUUCUAAACCCCUCGGACCUCCGUCGCGUUUCUCGACGGGGUCCCAAAAAAUCUGACCCGCUGGUUCCGGGGGUCCUCUCACAAGCUCGUACGCAAGAAAGUUCGUUAGUUAGCUGACUAAAGUUAGCGUAGCGUGGUUUGCAAUCCGACAGAGUUUGACCGGUGUGACUCAAGAGUGUCCGCGCCGCCGAGGAGAGAAGCCAUGUUUCGCCUGCUGAGUCGCCAGGGCCGGCGGCGUCCCAGCUGCCCGCUGGGACAGCGGCGUUACCAGCACCACCGCGCCGUCAUAGCCAUCCGGCGGGAGGACGUCAACCCUUGGGAGAGGCGGGCGCCCCUCGCCCCCCGUCACGUACGCGAACUCACGCAGGACGGCGUCAAAGUCCUGGUGCAGCCGUCCAACCGCAGGGCCAUCCACGAGAAGUUCUACGCCAAAGCGGGCGCCGUCAUCCAGGACGACAUCUCGGAGGCGUCGUUCAUCAUCGGCGUGAAGCGGCCGCCCGAGGAGAAGGUGAUCCCCAAGAAGACGUACGCCUUCUUCUCACACACCAUCAAGGCGCAGGAGGCCAACAUGGGGCUGCUGGACGACCUGCUCAAGAAGGAGGUUCGUCUGAUUGAUUACGAGAAGAUGGUGGACGCUAACGGCUAUCGUAUCGUGGCGUUCGGUCAGUGGGCCGGCGUAGCAGGGAUGAUCAACAUUUUACACGGUUUGGGUCUUCGCUUCCUGGCGCUGGGGCACCACACCCCCUUCAUGCACAUUGGCAUGGCGCACAACUACCGCAACGUCUCGCAGGCUAUCCAGGCCGUCCGCGAUUGCGGCUAUGAAAUCUCCAUGGGCCUCAUGCCCAAGUCCAUCGGUCCCGUCACCUUCUGCUUCACCGGAACCGGCAACGUCUCCAAGGGAGCGCAGGACAUCAUCAACGAGCUUCCCGUGGAAUACGUUGAGCCUCACGAGCUGAAGGACGUUUGUCAAACUGGAGAUAUGACUAAAGUGUACGCCACUGUGCUGAGUCGUCACCACCACCUGAUGAGGAAGAGCGACGGUAUCUACGACCCUAUGGAGUACGAGAACCACCCGGAACUGUACACCUCACACUUCAGAACCAGCGUGGCACCGUACACCAACUGCCUGAUCAACGGCAUCUACUGGGACCCUCAGACCCCGAGACUCCUGCGUCGCCUGGACGCCCAGAAGCUGCUCAGACCCCCCAAGAGCAACAGCGCCACCAGCGAGGGCAUGCCGGAACUGCCGCACAAGCUGUUGGCCAUCUGCGACAUCUCGGCCGACGCCGGCGGUUCCAUCCAGUUCAUGAACGAGUGCACCACCAUCGACAAGCCUUUCUGCAUGUACGACGCCGACCAGCACAUCGACCACGACAGCGUGGAGGGCCACGGCAUCCUGAUGUGCUCCAUCGACAACCUUCCGGCUCAGCUGCCCAUCGAGGCCACCGAGUACUUUGGCGACCGCCUCUUUCCGUACAUCUGGGAGAUGCUGCCUUCAGACGCCAGCAGACCUCUCGACCAGGAGGACUUCAGCCCGCAAGUCAGAGACGCUGUGAUCACCUCCAACGGAGCCCUGACGCCAAAGUUCGAGUACAUCGAGAAGCUUCGAGAACAACGGGAGAAAUCCAAGAUCCUGCAGAAAAGCCACAUGAAGAGAGUUCUGCUCCUCGGGACCGGCUACGUCUCCGGACCCGUCGUGGAAUACCUGACCCGCUGCGACAAGACCCAGGUCACCGUGGCGUCGGUGGACAUGAAGCAGGCGCAGGAUCUGUCGGCCAAAUACCCGAACACCAUACCCGUCAUGCUGGACGUCAGCAGCCAGGAGGCGCACCUGGUCUCCCUUAUACAGGACCACGACCUCGUCGUCAGCCUCCUGCCUUUUGCCUUCCACCCCCUGGUGGCCAAACACUGCAUUAAUGAGAAGGUCAACAUGGUCAACGCCAGCUACCUAAGCCCUGCCAUGAGCGACUUGCACGCCAGGGCAGAGGAGGCGGGUGUGACCCUGGUGAACGAGAUGGGAUUGGAUCCCGGUAUUGAUCACAUGCUGGCAAUGGAGUGUUUUGAUCAGGCCAAAGCCGACGGAUGCACCGUGGAAUCGUACGUGUCGUACUGUGGCGGACUUCCGGCUCCCGAGUGCUCGGACAAUCCUCUGCGCUACAAGUUCAGCUGGAGUCCUUCGGGCGUUCUCCUUGCCUCCAUCAAUCCCGCCGUCUUCCUCCGUGACAAUCAGCUGGUGAGGAUCCCCGGAGGCGGCGGUCUGAUGGAUGCCGUCACGCCCGUGGACUUCUUUCCCGGCUUCAACUUGGAAGGUUAUCCCAACCGCGACAGCACCAAGUACGCCAAACUCUACGACAUCCAGAGCGUGCACACGCUGCUCAGAGGAACGCUGCGCUACAAGGGUUUCUCCAGGGCCAUGCGUGGUUUUGUCAAACUGGGUCUGAUCAACAGCGAAGCCUGUCCCAUGCUGGAAAACGCGUCGUCUCCCGUCACAUGGAAAGCUCUUCUGUGCCACGCGAUGGGUUUGCCCGCCUCGACUCCUCACGACGCGUUCGAGGCCGCCGUGUACGAGCGCGUCGAUCGGGACGACUGCGGCGUGGACUCGCUCAGAUGGUUUGGCAUGCUGAACGACGACGUGGUUCCUCACGCCGACAGCGUUCUCACUGCGCUCAGCAAACACCUGGAAGCCAAACUCUCCUUCGGCAGCGGUGAGCGCGACAUGAUCGUGCUGCGUAGCGACUUCGGCCUCCGCCACCCGACGGGCGAGCUGGAGAGCAAACGCGUCAGUUUGGUGGCGUACGGCGAGGACGGACGAUUCUCCGCCAUGGCCAAGGCCGUGGGAUACCCGGCCGCCAUCGCCGCGCGCAUGCUCCUCGACGGUGAGAUCAGCUCCAAGGGCAUCGUGCUGCCCAUGAGUAAGGAGAUCUACGUGCCCGCCUUGAAGCGCCUCAAGGGCGAAGGCCUGAACAUCGCCGCCGCCAGCGCCCUGCUCGAGUCGUCUUGACGAUGUCGCCGUCUUCCCGUUGUCGUUGGGCCUCGAGCGGCAGGCGGCGCUCAGGCGUUCGUCGAUCUUUAUCAUUCUCCUUCAGGCCAGCCGAACGUACCCCAGCUUUUCACCCAACAACAUGAACGGGACGCACCAGGAAUGUGCCCCCCCCCCCCCCCCGCCAGCAGCUUAACUGAUUAACUUGAAAUUGGGCCGACUUGCCUAUCUCAGGGACCCGUGACCGGAGUUGAACAGAAACUCCUCCAUUUUGGUCCAAUUUGUCCAGUGGCCUUUAACUUCGAAUGAAUUCUCAGUACGGAAUUUGCCCAAGCAGAAGCAGGCGUCGCUCCCAAGUUUGAGAACUCGCCAUGAAAAAUGCGGCGCGAGGUCACGGCCGUCGCAUUAUUCUCAUUACUCGGAAUGUGAGCAAUGUUAAUGAUGCCGUGCUACUGCUGAGGAUGUCACAUAGCAUCUUUUAAAGAACACAAUUUCACACAGCAAUCCUAACUAUCUUGGUUGUGACUUCAUCCCCCCCCACCCCCUCAAAAGAAGCCACGUGAAUAUAUUUGAAUAAAUCAAAAUAUAUAUUUAUAUGCUGCAUUUGUAGGUCAACAAGGGAAAAGAAUGGCAACCAAAAGUAACGAUGAGGUCAAACAGCUGCUGAGUGAGUUGAAAAUAAAAAAAUAAAAAAUAAUAAUCCAAGCACGAAUGUAUGAAAUAUUAGCAAGGCAUUAAAUUGAGACAUCAACAAGAUUGUUUUGUUUGUGAGAAAAGUUGAUGUCGUUUUUUUCUCUUUAUGGUCUCUAUUUGACUUUGUGUUUUUCUUGUUGUUCGCUUUUAUUUUGAAACUUCUUUUUGCUUUUGUCUUCCUACACGUGCACGCCCCCACACUAAGUUUUAAUUUUGCCAUCAAUAAAAUCCUGAAGAUGUU